UCUCCCGAGCUGUGGGGAUGCGCCUGGCCGGAGAGAAGCGGAUCUCGGCCCCCUCCAACCCUCCCGGGGAGAAAGUGGGCAGGAACCGGGGCGGGGUGGGGGGAGGAGGACCCACCUUCUGUUGCUGGCCUGAGUCUUUGUUUUGGUAGUCGAGUGGGUGGUCGAGAUUGCAGGGCGCCUCGUGUUGGUGGGAGGAAUCUGGUGAGGCUAGGGGGAGAGGAGCUGGUUUGAGAUGGGUUGAGAGAGAGAAUUGAUGGAGGACGGGGCUUUGGAAGAUUUGGAAAUUUCUCGUUGCCAUGGGUGAGGUGAUUGCUUGAGGGAGUUGGGAGGGGGACAGCUCAGGACACCGGAGGAGGGAGUGAGGAGGGCCUCCUGCCCAGAACUCACUUCCCUUUUUGGGGGAUUUGUUUCCUCUUGCACUGCUAGUUGAAAAGGGAGAGUAGCUUUGCCCCUUCUCAGAGCCAUUGCCAUCCUUAGUCUCAGGGAUAUUGGGGGGGGUCCCUGGGAGCUGGGAGGGGAUUUGGUACCCAAAUGCUAAGGGUGUGGAGUCUGCCAUUGUCCUGAGAAGUGGCAAGGACCAGUGUGCCCCUCACGAACUCUCUGAGUUGCUGGCCUCAUAACCCACUGGUGGCUUCUGCCUGCUCUCUGCCAUGGCCAGUGAGAACUCUCCUCUGCUGGCCUACCGGCUCCUGGGGGAUGAGGGGGCUGCCUUCUCUGCCAAUGGGGCCGGGGGUCCUGGAGGGGCAUCUGCCCGGAAGCUCUCCACUUUCCUGGGUGUGGUGGUGCCCACGGUCCUGUCCAUGUUCAGUAUAGUUGUCUUUUUGAGGAUUGGGUUCGUGGUGGGCCAUGCUGGGCUGCUACAGGCUUUGGCCAUGCUCCUGGUCGCCUACUUCAUCCUGGCGCUCACCGUCCUCUCUGUCUGUGCCAUCGCCACCAACGGAGCUGUGCGGGGGGGUGGCGCCUACUUUAUGAUCAGCAGGACCCUGGGGCCUGAGGUUGGGGGCAGCAUUGGCCUCAUGUUCUACCUGGCUAACGUCUGUGGCUGUGCCGUCUCCCUCCUGGGGCUGGUGGAGGCCGUGCUCGAUGUCUUCGGGGCUGACUCCACGGGGUCCAGUGGACUUCAGGUUCUGCCCCAGGGCUAUGGCUGGAGCCUGCUCUAUGGCUCCCUGUUGCUGGGCCUUGUGGGUGGGGUCUGCACACUGGGGGCUGGCCUCUAUGCCCGCGCCUCCUUCCUCACGUUCCUGCUGGUCUCUGGAUCCCUGGCCUCGGUGCUCGUCAGCUUUGUGGCUGUGGGGCCCAGGAGCAUCCCCUUGACCCCUUGGCCCGGCCCCAAUGGCUCCUCCCUGCCGCCCCAGGUCGGCCACUUCACUGGCUUCAACAGCAGCACUCUGAAGGCCAACUUGGGUGCUGGCUAUGCCAAGGACUACACCACGGGGGCCAUGAUGACCUUUGCCAGCGUCUUUGCUGUCCUUUUUAACGGCUGCACGGGCAUCAUGGCGGGGGCCAACAUGUCAGGGGAGCUGAAGGACCCCAGCCGGGCCAUUCCUCUGGGCACCAUCGUCGCUGUCACCUACACCUUCUUCAUCUACACUCUGCUUUUCUUCCUCUCCAGCUUCACCUGUGACAGGACCCUGCUGCAGGAGGACUACGGGUUCUUUCGCGCCAUCAGCCUGUGGCCCCCACUGGUGCUGAUUGGGAUCUACGCCACGGCGCUCUCAGCCUCCAUGAGCUCACUCAUCGGGGCCUCUCGCAUUCUCCACGCUCUGGCUCAGGAUGACCUCUUUGGAGUGAUCUUGGCGCCGGCCAAGGUUGUGUCCCGAACAGGGAACCCCUGGGGAGCUGUGCUUUAUUCUUGGGGCCUAGUGCAGCUGGUGCUCUUGGCCGGGAAGCUGAACACAUUGGCCGCUGUGGUCACUGUCUUCUACUUGGUGGCCUAUGCUGCGGUGGACCUGUCCUGCCUGAGCCUGGAGUGGGCCUCGGCCCCCAACUUCCGCCCCACCUUCAGCCUGUUCUCCUGGCAUACCUGCUUGCUGGGGGUGGCCUCCUGCCUGCUCAUGAUGUUCCUCAUCAGCCCUGGGGCCGCCGGUGGUUCCCUGCUUCUCAUGGGCCUGCUUUCCGCCCUGCUCACAGCUCGAGGAGGCCCCAGCAGCUGGGGCUACGUCAGCCAGGCCUUGCUUUUCCACCAGGUGCGAAAGUACCUGCUCCGGCUGGAUGUCCGGAAGGAUCACGUGAAGUUCUGGCGGCCCCAGCUGCUGCUCCUGGUGGGGAACCCCCGGGGUGCACUGCCUCUGCUGCGGCUGGCCAACCAGCUCAAGAAGGGGGGCCUCUACGUACUGGGCCACGUCACCCUGGGAGACCUUGACUGCCUGCCCUCUGACCCUGUGCAGCCCCAGUAUGGGGCAUGGCUGAGCCUGGUGGACAGAGCCCAAGUGAAGGCCUUUGUGGACCUUACCCUCUCGUCCUCUGUGCGCCAGGGGGCUCAGCAUCUGCUGCGGAUCUCUGGUCUUGGUGGCAUGAAGCCCAACACGUUGGUCCUGGGUUUCUACGAUGAUGCUGCACCCCAGGACCACUUCCUGACAGACCCGGCUUUCUCUGAGGCUGCUGAUGGCAUCCAGGAGGGCGGGUCCCCAGCCCUGAGCUCCCUGUUUCCUCCACCCCGGGCUCCUGGGAGCCCCCGGGCUCUGAGUCCCCAGGACUAUGUGGCCACGGUGGCAGAUGCCCUCAAGAUGAACAAGAAUGUGGUCCUGGCCCGGGCUUGUGGAGCGCUGCCCCCUGAGCGGCUGAGCCGGGGGUCUGGGGGCACCUCUCCGCCACAUCAUGUGGACGUUUGGCCCCUCAACCUGCUGCGGCCCCGGGGUGGGCCUGGCUAUGUGGAUGUGUGUGGCCUUUUCCUGCUGCAGAUGGCAACCAUCUUGGGCAUGGUGCCUGCUUGGCAUAGCGCCCGGCUCCGGAUCUUCUUGUGCCUGGGGCCUCGAGAGGCCCCCGGGGCGGCUGAGGGGCGGCUUCGGGCACUGCUGAGCCAGCUGAGGAUCAGGGCCGAAGUGCAGGAGGUGGUGUGGGGCGAGGGGGCUGGGUCUGGGGAGCCCGAGGAGGAGGAGGAGGAAGGGGACUUUGUGAACGGCAGGCGGGGAGAGGCCGAGGCAGAGGCCCUGGCGAGCAGUGCCAACGCCCUGGUUCGGGCCCAGCAGGGGUGCAGCCGAGGAGGAGGGCCUGGGGGGCCUGAGGGUGGGGAUGGCGAGGGUGGGCCUGCCACGGCCCUCACUUUCCUGUACCUGCCUCGGCCGCCAGCCGAUGCUGCCCGCUAUACUCGCUACCUGGCGCUGCUGGAGACUCUGACCCGUGAUCUGGGCCCCACGCUGCUCAUUCAUGGUGUCACCCCCGUCACUUGCACUGAUCUCUGA